GGCAGCUCUAACUUCUCACCUUUCUGCUGAUCGGUUCCAAGUGUUAACUCCCAGAAGCAAGGAAGGAGGUCCAGUUCUCCACAUCCUCGCCCACACUUCGGAUUGUUGGUAUCUUUAAUUUCAGGAAUACUAGUGGCUUCAUCUUAGGUUAAAGAUGUGUGAUCAGACCUUUCUAGUUAAUGUAUUUGGCUCCUGCGACAAAUGUUUCAAACAAAGGGCUCUGAGACCCGUGUUCAAGAAAUCUCAACAGCUCAGCUACUGUUCAGCAUGUGCAGAAAUUAUGGCCACGGACGGGCUGCAUGAGAACGAGACGCUGGCGUCGCUGAAAAGCGAGGCCGAAAACCUCAAGGGCAAACUGGAGGAGGAGCGGGCCAAGCUGCACGACGUGGAGCUGCACCAGGUGGCGGAGCGGGUGGAGGCCCUGGGGCAGUUUGUCAUGAAGACCAGAAGGACCCUCAAAGGCCACGGGAACAAAGUUCUCUGCAUGGACUGGUGCAAAGAUAAGAGGAGGAUGGUGAGCUCAUCACAGGACGGAAAGGUGAUCGUGUGGGAUUCCUUCACAACUAACAAGGAGCACGCGGUCACCAUGCCCUGCACGUGGGUGAUGGCGUGUGCGUACGCCCCGUCGGGAUGCGCCAUCGCGUGUGGUGGCUUAGAUAAUAAGUGUUCCGUGUACCCUCUGACAUUCGACAAAAAUGAAAACAUGGCCGCCAAGAAGAAGUCUGUUGCAAUGCACACCAACUACCUGUCGGCCUGCAGCUUCACCAACUCCGACAUGCAGAUCCUGACGGCAAGCGGCGAUGGGACGUGUGCCCUGUGGGACGUGGAGAGCGGACAGCUGCUGCAGAGCUUCCACGGGCACGGGGCUGAUGUGCUCUGCUUGGACCUGGCCCCCUCAGAAACGGGGAACACCUUCGUGUCUGGGGGAUGUGACAAGAAAGCCAUGGUGUGGGACAUGCGCUCCGGCCAGUGCGUGCAGGCCUUUGAGACACAUGAAUCAGACAUCAACAGUGUCCGGUACUACCCAAGUGGAGAUGCCUUUGCUUCAGGGUCCGAUGACGCUACGUGUCGCCUCUACGACCUCCGGGCAGACAGGGAGGUCGCCAUCUAUUCCAAAGAGAGUAUCAUAUUUGGAGCAUCCAGCGUGGACUUCUCCCUCAGUGGUCGCUUACUGUUUGCUGGAUACAACGAUUAUACCAUCAAUGUCUGGGAUGUUCUCAAGGGGUCUCGAGUCUCCAUCCUGUUUGGACAUGAAAACCGUGUCAGUACUCUCCGAGUUUCCCCUGAUGGGACUGCUUUUUGCUCAGGGUCAUGGGAUCACACCCUACGGGUCUGGGCUUGAUCAUCUCCUCACAAUACACGCUUAGAUACCUGAGGUUAGAAUUUGAAUCGUCACGUGUAAAUAGAGCUGACUUUUGGAGGAUGUGAGAGUGUAUCGCCACCGCGCUCAAGGGAGCAGCUCCGUGGCCGGAAGUUCACCAGACACCUCCAGGAUCACUGUUAGAACUGCCACCCCGGGAAACGCCGCUGUGAGCCUUCAGCCCUGGGAGAGCACCUUCAAGUACAGCGUUUUGGUUUGUUUUGUUUUCAUUUUGAACACUUUUUAAAAUUUAUUCAUUUUUAAGAUUAUUCUUAAUUAUACCACUCUCAACUGAUUCUGUUACCAACAGAAUUUAGCAGUUAACAUAUUUCAAGGUAUUUCCUUGAAUCAAACUUGUCUUCAGCGCACUUUCAAGACUGGUCUCCCUCGCUGUGCACUGCGGCCUCGGGAGCCUUCAGCCUUCCUCUGGGAGUGCCGAGGUUCGUGGGCGGGGUGAGGAGGACCGUGUCAUCUGAUCCGUUCCAGAAGGAAGUUCCAUUUUAUCCAAAUGUAGUUAGACAAAACCCCUUUUUUAAACGUGUUUUAUGGUAAAAGUAUCGUUUCCAUUCUACAUCAUACUGUCCUUUUCCAGAUAAAGCGUUUUUGCCUGUGUGAACUGUUAGGCACAAAGCACAGACAGGCCUGAAACAGACGGGUGUUCGGUUUACGAAUUACAUGAUGAUUGACAGAAGUGUGGGCACUUGGCCGAGCACUUCCUUUCGAGGGAAGAGCUGAUGCUGUUCCUGACACAAAGGCUCCUCAGAGCAACCAAAACCUUUCUGUGUGGGGAAGCUGGUUUAAAAACCUAUCACCCAUAUUAGACACAUUAGAAUGAGCUAAAGUAGAUUUCGUCCAUGUCCAUUGCACUCAUUGCAUUGAGGGUAAUUGCAUAUACAAAUUAAUUGAUAGGUUUCAAACAAUGAUGUCUUUGUCUUAUAUUGGAAUAAUAACAAAAGAUAGCUUGUCUUUAUUUGAAAUCCAGCAAUUCCUUCUAGAAGAUACCAAGUGCUUUUGUUAUAGGAUCCACGCUUUUCCUUUUUUGUUGUUUUGUUUUUAAAGGUAUAGAGGCUUAUUCUUUGUUUUAGAAAAUUCCUUACUCAUAAAGAUGGCAUGCAUUGAGGAAGAAAAAAGUCACCUCAGAUACCCAAAAUGAUUCUUGGGUGAGGCGGCAGGUGGCCUAGGGUCUGCCGGGCCGGCCCUGUGGGGCCCGAGGGUUGGGUAUGCGGAGUCCCCUGGCUCUCCGGUCUGCUCUCAGCCCUGCUCCAGCCUGACCCCUCCCUUAGGGCUAGUUCUGGCUGAUGGGCCCAGCCCCAGUUCUGCUGCUCAGAGUCCCUUGCGGAGCCAGAGCCAGCACAGCCAUUGGAUAGGCCUGGACCUGGCAUUCCUGAAGCCUCAGGGGGGUGCCAGGACAGUGCUCAAAACUACUUGGUUAGGUAUCAUAAUGGACCAGUCAGUCAAAAAUCAGCCAGGCUAUCUUUUCCAUCAGUUUUUUUAAAAAUAAAGAAAAUGGUUAUAUUCAGUGAUUUGUGAGGGUUUUAGUACACAACAGCCCUGGUGGGAGAAAGCAAUAUAAAAGGCCCCUGUUUGCCUCUGAGGAGCCCAGAGGGAAGAAGAGAACAUGGUCCAGAGGGACCGUUUCUCAGUCACGCCCCUUCCCCCACGGGAUCCGUCUGGCUGGGGUUCAGGAAAGGCCUAAGCUCCUGGUCUCCUGUCAUGGCCUCCCCUUCCCUCUCCCACAGACCCUUUCAGGCCUCUGCACUCUGACCUGGGCCUCCCAGAAGCAAAGGAAGGCAGGGCAAAGGGAAAGUCACCUAGAGGGAGGGACAGCAACUUCCAGCCGUAUGUUUGCAGAGGUGGAGCGCGUCUUCAGUAUAUGCGCAAAAGAGGCCAUAACUUUUCAGUUAAAAAAGCGACUUUAAGGGCCCUGUGAAAGUAUUUUGUAGAAUACUUACCCCACGAGCAGUAAGCCACCUCCCUUAUAAGCAUUCCAUCUCACAGUGGGUGUUGCUUAGUAUUUAUUGAUGAAAACUUGGUUGGAAAUACACCAUGUGGAGACUCAAAGGUAAACUCCAAGUAAUAAAUUGUAUUUUGCUUAUCGAUAA